AUGGGUCAGCUUUACCAAUUGGACGAUUUUAAAUGGAAUGACUCAUUACCUCUUGAAGGCCUUAUCCCAAAAAAUAAUAAAAUUUACCCUAUAGAACAAAUUUUUAACACUAGUUUGGUGUACCAAGCAGAUAUUAAUAUCUCAGAACAAGAAUUGAGAGCUGAAAUCAUCAUGUGGCAGAAAAGAUGGGAAAAGGUUAAUAAACUGAAUUUGCCUUCCACAGCUACUGAAGCACUUUGUUUUACGACAAAUGUAUUUCCGUCGAUAAAAAUAUUAUUGCAGAUAUUUUCUACGUUGCUUGUGUCCACGGCAACAGCAGAAAAGAGUUUUUCAAAUAUAAAACGAUUAAAAACAUAUUUAAGAUCGACUAUGACUGAAAAUCGCUUGAAUGGUCUGGCUUUACUUAAUAUUCAUAAAGAAAUUAAUGUUGAUAUUGAUAAUAUAAUUACUAGGUUUGCUACAAGUAAACCUAGACGAAUGAACCUUAGAGACUGGUCAUCUGAUUAA